GAUGAUGAUGAUGAUGAUGAUGAUGAUGAUGAUGAUGAUGAUGAUGAUUUCUGUCUACAAUGUCCUGGUGGGAGGGGGUCACCAGUUGCCACUCGGCGGUGGUAUUUCAAAACAAAGUUAAAAAUGUGUUGCACGUUUUCAGUGUAUGAAAUUGCAGCCUGGUUUCUUCUGCAUGGGUUAGGGUAAAGGCAAAGGUAGCAUUGGUGGGGAUAGGAAAGGCUCUCCACGAACCAAAUGAAAUGGAGCUCGUUGAUCAGAGCCUGGCUUGAAGAGGGCGGGAUAGCGCGUCAACUUGGCACAACCCACGGUGAGGACAAAUAAGCUAGUUCAUCUUCAACGCUUUGUGUUGUGAAGGGAAACCAGACAGCUUUCCAAACACAUUUGGGAUCGACUGCGCGUGACAGUAGCAGGAGUAACUUCACUCACUUUUCCUGAUUUGUCUUUCUCGAUCUCCAACUUCACGUCUGUGCAUGUGUCUGCCACGUAGCGUCAACUUUUCUGGAGCAGCGGCGGCGGCGGCGGCGGCGGCGGCAGCAGCAGCGGCAGCAGCAAACUCCUGAUUCCGGGCCAGGCGGCAGCGAGCGGCGAUGAUUUCCUAAGGCGGAACUUGAUUUGUUUGAGCGAAAUGUUGCUUUGGAGCUAAGAAGCGACACGGCUGCAGAGCACUUCUAACGGGCCGAUAAUGGUAGUCACGUGUCUGGUCGUCAUCCUAGGUGGCUCCGCCCUCCUGUUUGCCAGCGCCUCGUCCACGCUGGGAGGCCUGGUUUUCGGUUACCAAUUGGCCGUCAUCUCGGGCGCUCUGCUCCAACUCAAGAGCCAGUUUGGACUCAGCUGCAUUCAGCAAGAGCUGCUGGUCAGCUCCUUGUUGGCCGGAGCCCUGCUGGCCUCCCUGCUGGGAGGAAGCUUGAUCGACCGUUACGGCUGCAGGAAAUCCAUCCUGCUCAGCAUCGUCCUCAUGCUGACGGGUACUUUGCUCCUACUGGUCAGCUCCUACCAAAGCCUUUUGUUGGGUCGCUUGACGGUGGGCUUUGCCAUGUGCCAGUCCUCCAUGUCGUGCUGCAUCUUUGUGUCGGAGAUGGUGAGCCCCGAGCGGAGGGGCCUUUUGGUGACGCUGUACGAAGCCGGCAUUACCGCCGGCGUCCUCUUCGCCUACACCGUCAACUACCUUUUGGUUCGUUUCCCAAGCGGCUGGAAGUGGAUGUUUGCCGUCGCCGCGGUGCCCACCUUGAUUCAACUCGUCUCCGUAUGCGCCCUUCCGUCGCCAGCGUCCCUUCCUUCCCAAACGACUCUUGCGGCUGGAGAUGAAGCUUGCUCAAAUGGCAAGAAGGCGCAGUGCGACAUCUCGUACCUUUUCCGGCGCCGAGACAACAUGCGGACCCGCACGGCGCUAGGGCUGGGACUUGUGCUUUUUCAGCAGUUGACGGGACAGCCAAACGUCCUCUUCUACGCAUCGACCAUAUUUCACUCGGCAGGAUUUCACAGCGACAAUUCUGCCGUGCUGGCGACGGUCGGGAUCGGAAUCGUCAAAGUGGCGGCCACGCUGGUCUCCGUGGCGUACUCGGACAAAUGGGGCAGGAGGCCUUUGCUCAUCGGCGGAUGCUGCGUCAUGGCCUUUUGCCUGAUCUGCGUGGGACUGCUCGGCGGACAUCGGCUAAACCGUGGGGCGCCGGCACCGGCGAGGCCUUGCGGUUGGGGGCCUUCCGUUGGCAACCGCACCGGUCCCCUUCUUCAUCUGCCGGCUGGAAAUGACACGGCGCUUCUCGCUGCACGGCUUCCGGAAAGCCAAACGGAAAGAGCCGCUACGGAAUCUUCUCCCGGCAUCGGGGACCAAGUUUUCAACUGGAUCAUUGUGGCGUGCAUGAUGGGGGCAGUCAGCGCAUACUCCAUUGGAUUUGGACCCAGUCUGUAUAGGGUUGCAGCGAUCUAUCUCAAGCGUAGUUUUGUGAUCCAAAUGCUAAAUCCUCUUUGUGUGUUUGCUCCAGUGACCUGGCUCCUCCUCAGCGAGAUAUUUCCCGCAGCCGUGAGAGGACGAGCCUUCGCGUUCGCCAGCUGCUUCAACUGGAGCGCCCACCUUUUGGUGUCUUUCACCUUCCUGGACCUUUUCAAUGCGUUGGGUCUGUCUGGAACCUUUCUUAUGUACGGGAUGAUGUCAGCGGCGGCCGCCCUUUUCUUCUACUUCAUGCUACCCGAGACCAAAGGCAAGACGCUGGAGGAGAUCGACAGGGAGCUGCGCUUAAACAGAUUUCACCACCCCACUGUGGACUGCUGUGACCUCGUCAGACAAAGAACUUCCCUGUCAGACUACCAAAGAGUUGUCUGUCAAUGAAGCGGUUGAACCGGCGGCAGCUUUUCACAAUACUGUCAUGGCAUUCUUUCUCGUGUCACACUGGAAAUGUGUCACAUACUCUGAACACCAAGAAGCUUUUAUUUGACUAGAGAGGAAUGAUUUGAAAUGAGACAGGGUCAUGGUGAUUGCUUCUUCUAUUUGCUGUUACCUUUUUUCCUACUGGAUGUCAAUUCAGGAAACAGACCAUUUACGUAUAUUGAAGUGAAUUUGUGUCAAGGUUAUUGGGAAUGGGUUAGAGAAAAACAUCUAGGAUAUGACUUUAUUUUCACACCAUUUUUCCUAUGUCAAAUUGGAUUACUGUCUGCAUGAUUGACCUUUCUUGUACUUAGUUCCUAUUUUUUGGAAAACACCUUUCAAAUCAAGUUGCUACCUACGUACCUACGCAUUAACAAUUUGACGUGCAUAAUCUCCAACAUGAAAAAUGCACAGGGUACUUAAUAAAUAACUGUUUAUUUACACAAA